AUGGUUCGCACGAAGCUGGCUCUCCUGUUGGUGCUCCUGCACGUAGCUUUUGGGUCCUCCUAUCGCUGGUUUAACUGGCAGUAUGAGGUUACCUGCGAGUCUGACGGUUACAUUGCCCCACACAAUGAAGCCACCGUUGCCAAUUUUCUUAAGGAGCAGUAUCCCAAGGGAUCCCACAUCAAAGUUGUUGGAAAUGGUCAUGGAUUCGGUAACCUCUCCACCUGUGUCGACAAUUCUCUCACUGAGAAGCCCUCUUACAUCGUGUCGAUGACCAAUCUGAAGGGGCUCAACAUCGAUAAGAAAAAUAUGACCGUAACCUUUGGUGCUGGUUGGGAUGUUUAUGACCUCACCGAAGAGCUUAAAGCCAACGAUCUGUCUUUCGGCAACCUGGGUGUUGAGCGUGUUCAGAACUUUGUGGGCGCCGCCUCGACCGGUACGCACGGCUCUGGGUCCGUCAUUGGUAAUAUCGCCAGUCAGAUCAUAGGACUGCGUGUGUUGGACGCACAGGGGAACCUCCGUGUUAUUACCGAGACGAACAACCCUGAAGAACUGAAGGCUUUCCGUAUCAGCCUCGGUGCCCUUGGUCUCAUCACGGAGAUGACUAUCAAGGUCCAGCCUACGUUCCUCUUAAAGAAGACUACUAAGGUCGUGAAUGCUACUUCCGAUUACACCCAGAUGGGUAAAGAGCUUGCCCAGCUGUACAAGGACCACGACCGCGUCACUGUCUGGGGUCCUCACUUUGACUGGAAUGAGGCCGCUCAGAACUGGGACCUGGAGCCAACGUACUUCUACUCCUACUGGGAGCCGACAAACUACACUGGAGUUCGCAACUGCACUCUCGACUAUUGUGCCAAUGGUUGUGGGGACUGCAAGAAGGAGUACAUCUGCUACGACGAGGUCAUUGACGCCGCGUCGUGCCCGCCCCAAGGCGUCUGUGACCGAGAGUUCUAUGCUGAGAUCGAGCACUUCCUUCCCAUCGAGUAUUACGCUGAGGCUGCCGCCGACUAUAUUAGUUAUCAGCAGUCCCAAACUCCCCGGAUGCAGGCUCCCUAUAACAACAUGAUGGUCAUCCAGCACCGUUCGCUCAAGGGUGAUGAUGCAUACAUGUCUCCGGUCAAUACCUACAACCUUGGCUCGGAUCUCAGCGGUGUUUUUGCUAUCAUCGAGAUUGACUGGAUUCAAACCUAUAACAACUUUACAACUCUUUGGCAAAACCAGGAGCUGGGAUACGAAUUCAUGGCUAAAUUUGGUGAAAAGUACAAUGUUCGGCCCCACUGGAACAAGAUGAACCCUCCUAAUGCAACUUACGCUCUGGAGAAAUUCCCGAAGCUGCCUGAGUUCUUGGCAAUCCAACAGCGCCAGGAUCCCAAGUGCCAGUUUGUCAACGAAUUCUUGGUUGAGCAGCUGGGCAUUACCCGGUGUGCCAACUACCUAUCCAUUUAA